AUGGCAGAAAAUGUGGGAUACUAUUUCAAAGUGCCCAGUGUGAACAAAGUGCCAAAUACAUACGACGAUGACGUGGAGGAACUUGAUCCUUUGUAUAAAACACUUGCUGAACAACUUGGUGAAAAUGAGAACAUUCGAAAACAAAGUGUGCAACAGCUACGUGAGUGGAUUUCCAAAACUGCUACAAUCAAGCGAUGUAGAACGGAUGCGCCAUUUCUGUUGAGGUUCCUUCGAACCAAUAAAUAUUCGUUUCUAAGGACUGUGAAGAUGCUGGACAAUUACUUGCAUGCUCUCGCAAUCCACAAAGACUGGUUUGGUCAGUUGAGUGCAGAUGAUCCGGAAUUGAGUGUCCUUAUCGAUGGUGGAUAUUUGUUCCCGCUGCCACAGCUGGAUGCGAAAGGUCGAAUAGUGUUCUUCAGUUUUUCGAGUGGAUUUGAUGCGGAAAAGUCGUCGAUAGAAAAUGCAAUUAAAAUGAACUUUAUGUUAGGGGAAGUACACUUCGACACGAAUGAAGCCCAAUGUGCUGGAAUAGUGUGCAUCUACGAUAUGGAGAAGAUUGAUAUGUCCGUGUUGGGGCAGAUCAGCAUCCAGGACAUUCGGAAGUUGGUCGAUCUGCUAGACCAUACGUCGGCGGGACGUUUCCAGGAACUGCAUUUUGUGAACGCACAAAAGGUGACGCGGACUUUUGCCAACAUGGUGCUACAGCUGAUGAGCGAGAAAAUCAGGAGCAGAGUGUUUGUAAGCUUUGUGCCUGUUGAGUAUUGUUUUCUCUAA